CAAAGGUAGAGAGAUAUGUCUCCAGACAUAAAAUACUUCCUCAAAGGUAGAGAGAUAUGUCUCCAGAAACAAAAUACUUCCUCAAAGAUGUCUGCCACACAAAGACCUACUCCCCCUAAGCCUAUUGCCCCACCCCCGGGGCUAGCCACCAACUGGGCCUUCCAGGCGUCUGAUGGUACAAAUGAGGUGUUUGAGGAGGAUGAAGAUCCAUGUGUUAUUUGUCAUGAAGAGAUGACACCCACAACUACACGCACUCUGGACUGCAGUCAUAGAUUCCAUGAUGAGUGUAUCCGUAAGUGGUUUAAGGAACAGAGCACCUGUCCUAAUUGUAGGAUCCACGCACUGCUGCCAGACGAGUUCCCUUCUCUCAAGUGAGCUUCUGUCUAUGGAGUAAACCUCUUGGGAGAGCUAGCAUUUUCAAAGCAACUGGAGUCUUUUAGGAGUGAACUUUCAUCAUUUGAAAUUUGAACCCUGCUUAUUGUAUCGAGUUUAUCAAUCAUCUCAUUUAUCCUGCAUACUUUUGACUUCAGGUGGACUGUAUAAGUCAAACCUCAGGUCAAAAUCAUUUGACUCUAAGAGGACAUCAUCAGAGAUAAUUUAUUUUAAAAAUGAUUGAAUUUCGUCACUAAUAUAAAGUGGAUUACAUCAAUCAAGAUCAUCACAUUCAGUUUUGCAAGGGGCUUAUCAUUAGAACCUUAAAAUGGGGGAGUUUAUGCUGUUUUAUUUAUUAUUUAAUGAUCUAUACUGCUUUUAAACUGAUCCAUUUGUAAUUAUUGUUGAUUUUAUGAUUGAUAUUGUUGGUCUCUAUUUAUAAUGUUAUGUUUGAAGUUUUAUUGUAAUCCCUUUAGUUUUACCAUUGAUGAUGAUAUUAUAUGUAUGUCUUUAUGUAGUGGGUCUCAGAUUUCAUCUUCAAUGUUCAGCCAGAUCACAGAACUACCCGUAACAAUAUUUCUCCUUUGAGAAUUAUCCUGCUUGCGAGUACAACUACUAGAAACUUACAUUUGUUUAUUUUAAGUUAACUGGUGUAUAUUUAUAUGGUUAAAUUAUACAGCUCGGCUUCUAUAGUUAACACCAUGUCUAUAACUACAACCUGUCUACAACACCUGUUAGUCAAUACACUUCAAGGAUGUUAAGAUACGAGAUGUGUGGUUCGAUUCAGGCAAGGGUGGUUUGUGUUACUCAGGAAAAUCAUAGAUCAUGGACCAUCCUGUGCUGUUGUGGUUUCAUGCUGUUCAUGCUGUUGUGGUUUCAUGCUGUUCAGUGAUGUAGCCACUAACUACUACAAGGAAAUUCUGACUCUGGAUGUUGAUGGGGUAAUAAAUCGUUCAUUGCUACAUAUUUUUUGUAUCAUGUAUUAAAGAGAUAUUACAGUAAAAUAUAUAUCCUACGAGACAACGAGAAAAAGAAAAGAAAUUUUAUAUGUGGUUGUUACUGAAGAAAACCCAGCUUAUUAUUAUGAUUAGUGAUUGAAUCACUGGUCCCUGUUGGACAAACCUGGAGUCCUUACAUUGGGUAGAUAUUUUACUGGAAUAGCCCUAACAUUUAGAAAUUAAAACAUCCAGAGAAUUUCGGAGUGCUUUCUUGUUUGGCCGAGACCAUUCAUUUAUCCAGCAUAAUGUUUUUUAACAUUUCAUAAGGGGCUCUGAACCUACAUUUGUCUGUCUUUACUAUUGAAAGCUUGUGAUCCUCUGUCUACACUUGUUUCACAGAUUUUUUUAGUACUGAGUUUUACAUCUUGUCACAAAACUCACCCGAGUCUUGACCUAAGUUCUCAUUAAGAGAAAUACAACAAAAUGUAAAUGUUUGUUUUUCACUAUAGAAUUGAGGACCAUAGUUUUCAUCUUUAUGUUAGAAGUGUGAAAGUCCCGAUGAGAAUGUCUUUAUAAUGUAGUCUGUUUACAUCACAAGUUUCUAGCAUGUUCUCAUUUUAAACCAGGACCUUUUUCCUUUAUCGUGGUCCGAAUUGUUGGACCCUGAGUUCUUCAUUUAGGAAAUAAGAUGUUAUGUAAUUGAUCUUAUUUUACUUUCUGAAGACUUCCAAGGUAUAAACAUCUAAAGUCACAUGUACAAUCUAUGGUAUAUUGAUCCUCACAACAACAUUGUAUGUUUUAAUUGAUUUAACUAUACAUGUAUAAUCUGUAAUGAAAGGUGUUGGCGGGAAACGAUCAUCAAUAUCUCUAGUUACGAUUAUGAGUGUGUCUAUGUAAGGUAUUUUUUAAGAGUCGUUUUACUGAAAUCUUUACAUUUUUCACACGAAUAUCCUAAAGCCUAUGAUUGAUGCAUGUUGGAACCAUUGAAGCAGUUGGUCCAAAUAAAUGGAAAAGGCCUUGAAUUCUGUGUUCACUGUAUAUUAUUGCUUUAGUCCCAGGUCCAGGCAGUUAAAAUGGGGAAGAGGGCUGAGUGUAGUUCUCAUGAAAUCCUGAAUUUCCUAAAUUGUAUGUAAUGGAAACGGACACUAGCGAAAUUUAGAAAAUGUAUCUCCUGACCAGAAAUGGACUGAUGUCUCGCCGGGGCCCUUUAUUGCCAAAACAAGAAUUAGCCUAUCAUUAUCUAACUAGGAAUGUUAUCGCCAAAACAAGAAUUAGCCUAUCAUUAUCUAACUAGGAAUGUUAUCGCCAAAACAAGAAUUGUCAUGUACAUGUAUUGGGAUUUUUUUUUAAUUUUUUUUUUUAAUAUCAUAUUGGCUAAAUUGUCAUUUUUCCAUAUAUAUAUAAAGUUAUUCAUAGCAAUUAUAGCUUACUUGGUUUGAUGACAGUUUUUCGAGAUCUUUGAAAUCUAGAUCAAUUCAUUAGAAUGUAGAUGUUUGAUAUAUUAUGUGAAACAAGCUGCUUAAUGGCCUUAAUCCACUCAAAUGCCUAAUUUUUCAACUCCCUCAAAAAAAAAAAAAAAAAAUGAUAGAAAAACAACACAAGAAAGACAACUCACAAAUUGAUUAUUAAUUGUAUAUUUUAAUCUACCAGUGACAGAUAAAUGUGAAGUAAUCCAGUAUUGUAUGUCUUAAUAAGAGAUUUUACGUGCUUCACUGUUAAAUUGAUUUUUAUAUUGAUUUUAAUCAACUUCUGUAUGAUAAAAUAUUUAUGAUGCGAGACUCUUGAUCCUUAUCAAUACAAUCAUUGGUGUUAUCUAGUAAUGUGUGAUGUCGUCUGUUCUCAAUUUGUAACUUAAAUAUUAUUAAUGAUCAAGAAUAAAAUAAAUUUCUUUUGAAACGCAA